UCGGUGUUGUAUUUAUAGGAAUUCGAUUCUUGUGGAUUACACUUUAUAGAAUUCGUAAAAGUGCCACACCACCUCAAGGAUUGCUUUUUGGCUCAUUAUUGCUAAUGCUAAGUUUAUUAGCGUUAAACUAUACGAUAACAAUGGUUGUUGCUCCGCAGUACGCGCAGUUUGGAAGCCAGAAAUACUGUAACUAUGUCGUCAAUGGUGUUCGGAAUUGUACUGAUUUUCCGAAUUUAAUUAUUCCUUAUAUUUGCACACCUACUGCGAUAUCAACGUUCAUUCAACGUAUAACAGUAAAUACUCCAUUCUUUGGUGUAGUAUUUUACUAUUCACAAUGGGCAUUUUUAACUAUACUAGCGCUUGGAUUUGUCUAUUCAACAAUCAGGCCACAAAGUUAUAUAACUCUUGAUGACUAUGAUGAGGAAUCAGAAGAAAGUGAAAGAUUAUUGAAUUCUAGUUAA